CGGCCUCGUUGCGUGUGAAUGCUGUGCCACCAGCAGUAUUGUGCCGCUCACGCUCCUGCAAAUUGGCUCGUUCAUUUCGCAUCAAUAGUCCCCGACCGUUGCGCGGGUCUUGAGCGUCUUGUUGAGGCGGCAGCUCAACACCUCCGCCCAAGUCCAUGGCAUAACAUGUCCCGAAGCUUUUCGCUUGACGCCGCCACUUGGAAUGAUUUGCACGCCGACGACCUCGCUCGCCUCUCUCCUCCUCUUCCCUCUGCCUGCCAGAGUCGCCGUGAGCCAUUGACCACCCCGCCGUGAUGGCCGGCAAGGAAGAUGUCUACUGCACCCUCGUGCUCAACGAUGGCUAUUUACCCGGCGCGGCCGUGCUGGCCCACUCGCUCCGAGACUGCGGGACGAAGAAGAAGUUGGCGUGUUUGAUUGACCAGGAGGCCCUGCGGCAUAGCACAAUGGAAGAGCUACAGUCUCUCUACAACUAUGUUAUUCCCAUCGAGCGCAUCGGCAACCCACAUCCGGGCAACCUGUAUCUCAUGAACAGGCCCGACCUGCUCUACACAUUCACCAAGAUCAAUCUCUGGCGCCAAACACAAUUCCGUAAGAUUGUAUACAUCGACGCCGACGUCGUGGCACUGCGAGCGCCGGAAGAGUUAUUUGACAUCGCAGAGAGCUUCGCCGCAGCCCCAGAUGUCGGCUGGCCAGAUGCCUUCAACACGGGAGUUAUGGUGCUCACACCAGACAUGGGCGAGUAUCAUGCCCUUCGUGGCCUAGCCAAUGCAGGAGACAGCUUCGAUGGUGCCGACCAAGGUCUUCUGAACCAGUACUAUGAGCAUCGUCCGUGGAAGCGAUUGAGCUUCAAGUACAACACCACUCCGAGUGCCAACUACCAAUAUGAGCCGGCCUAUCGAUAUUGGAAGCACGGUAUCAGCAUGGUCCAUUUCAUUGGUAAGGAGAAGCCAUGGCAUCGCGGCAGAGAACAGCAUGGUGCUCCUGCAGCCUUUCAAGAAAUGAAUAGCAGAUGGUGGGCUGUGUACGAUCGGCACUUCCACGUCUCGACUUCCGAUUACAUUCACGGUCAGCGACGCGCGACGACGGAAUAUGUGCAAGAACACCAACCUGAGCCUCAGCAUGUACCCCAGAAGUACUACGCCACCGGCUAUCCAAUUGCAACGACGCAGCCAGCGCCACCUCCGCAACGCGAAACGCAGGUGGCAUAUGUGCAGGGACAUGGGCAGCAUCAUGCCUCGCAUGGCCACCAAUCGUACCAGCAACAGUCGCACGACCAUGCACAAGAGCAUCAUCCCACAGGCACCGCGACCCCGCUGAUGACAGAGCCAGGCGAGCGUGUAGAGAACAUUGAUCAAGGUCGUGUUCAACCCGCCCCGACAAUCGAGCAACGCAAAUUUUCUGCUCCGCACAUGGAAUGGGAUGCCACCAGAGCUGCUCCUCCCGUGCAAUCGAAGCCUGAAGCUGCGAACUUCCCGACGCAGACCUACGAGUUCAGCUGGGACCCAGCCCCGUUCCGAGCUCCACAGGCAUAUCCGCAGCCGCCCAGAGACAUGUAUUACGAGGUUCCGCCGCCUCCUGCCCCACGCAAGGUAGAAGAGAAACCGAAGGCAAUUUUCCCAUGGGAAGAGAGAGAAGUGCCGAAGCCGACACGAAGGUUUGUAGACGACGAACCGCAACCGCCGCCUCCGGUCCUGGAACCGGAAUCCGCCUACAUCGAUGAACUAGAGGUUACUCCGGACUCCAAGGCGGAACCCUUGACACCCACCAUUCAAAUAAGGGACGCCGACCCAUGGGCCUCAUUUGGACAGAGUAAGAACGCGUGGGACGACGUCAACGGGAUCAACUCCUACGUCCGUGCUUUGACGUCCUUCCAGAAGAAUCGCGGCAAGGUACAAGUCGUGGAGUCGAACGUGCCGUCGACUGGUAUAGCCGCGCCAACGAAUAUUCUGUCGCCCACUUCACAGUCCGAUCCCGAGGAUCUGGUCCAACGGGUCGAAAAUGCACGCGGGCGACGAGAAUCUCUAAUCUUGACGGACUUUCCCUCCGCAAUUGAGCGGCCUUCAUUACCUGUGACACCAGCGCCUCAAAGAAGAGUGUUCUGGGGAGACGACCGCGACACAACGAGCGAUCUACCACCUGCCGAAGGUGUACCCGACCAAGCCGAUUGGGUACGUUGCAUGAUGUGUGGUUCUAUCGUGCCUGAAAAGGCUCUGCAAGUCGCUGCUUUUACGCGUUCGUUAUUGCAGUCUUGAUUUUCAUUGUCCCGCUGCGCGGCGACUGGCAUCUUGGCUUCCUGAAGCAAUGCUUUACGACUCGACGACAUUGGCGAUUGAUUCGCGGUCUUGACUUGCGAUUGCUGCGAUUCCCGCGUCUUUCUUAUCCACAUGCUAAUUUUUUCUAUCAAGGAUCCCAAUGUUCGUCUAGAACAGCUUCGGCGCACCUCAUUGAUUGGCCCUGUCGACCUCAAGCUUCCGGACAAGAAAUUGGCCGAACGCAAAAUGCCUGAAACCGCUGUGCCAGUGCCGGAAACCACUUUCAAUGCAUCGCACGUGUCUGUGAGCAAAGAGUCACAGGCAGCACAGCCCGCAGGUGACGACACCCAACCGGCGCUGUUGAGCGGUGGAGGUAGCCCACACGGUCUGGAUGGGGCCAAUGACACAUCGAGCAAUGUCGUCAGCUCGACAAUCAGCAAGAGCGAGUCCGAAGCGACAGCAACGUCGACACAGACGACAAACGCAAUAUCUACUGCACUUUCAUCAAGCCAAAUGGAUGAUCGAUCGGGUGCAGUCACGAUGCCUGGACAAUAUCCCGGGAGCCAGAAUUCUGUGGCUUUUGUUGAGCCGAAUUUUCAGAAAGACUUGACCGUGGACGAAUUUGAGCACAAGGAAAAGACUGGCGAGGAUCCACUCAGUCCAAAGCAAGAGGGUGGGACACUUUAGGAGCGAUUUCGUUGCCUGUUGUUUGGGUGAUACGCGGUGCUUUCUGCCGGUUUCCGUUGCAUUCUCAGUCUCUUCAUUUACGAUGAACAUUUCCCUGCGUGGCCAGUCUGGUGCAGCAUAUUGAGCGUUCAUGUCUCUCCUCCCACCAGCGGGAGUGAUGACCGGCGUGCAUCAGCAUCUCUGUAUAAAUAGUACUUACUUGAACAGUGGGAGUUUCUUUGACAUAGUGGAGGGUAUUGGUCGGCAAGGUUAGGGGGUGGC